UUUGUAGAUCAAUGUGCAGAUCAGUGUGAAGAUCAAUUGAGUGUUUCAGUUCUUACAUUACUCGAUCGAUUAAUGGCUGCUGCUGCAUCUUCUUCUUCCUCUGGCUCUCCUUGGAAAUACGACGUGUUCAUCAAUUUCAGAGGGGAAGACACUCGCAGGUGCUUCGUCAGCCACCUCUACAAAGCCCUGAAUCAGAAAGCAAUCAACACCUUCAUUGAUGCCGAAGGGCUCCGAAAGGGCAACGACCUUUUGCAGCUACUGACGGCGAUCCAAGAUUCGCGCGUUUCAAUCGUAGUUUUUUCUCAAAACUAUGCUUCUUCCACAUGGUGCUUGAAGGAGCUCGUCCAAAUACUGGAUUGUAUGGAUCGAAAGAACCAGAUGGUUGUGCCCGUUUUUUACCAAGUGGAUCCUUCUGAUGUCCGCAAAGCAAAGAGGAGCUUUGAGGAAGCUUUUGCCGAGCAUGAAGGCCAUUCAAACACCGACAUGGAAGAGGUGCGGAGGUGGAGGUCCGCUCUUAGUCGAGCCAUCAAUUUAUCCGGCUGGGAUUCGAAAAAUUAUGAGGAUGAUGUGAAGCUCAUUGAGGAAAUUGUAAAAGAUAUUUUUCAGAAAUUGAUCCGCACCUCGUCAAGUAAAGACGAUGACUUGGUUGAAAUGGAUUCCCACAUGCAUGAAAUGGACUUGCUAUUACAUCCUGCUCCUCAAAUGGACGACGUUCGUGUUGUUGGAAUAUGGGGUAUGGGUGGUGUAGGCAAAACCACCAUAGCUAGAGCUGUUUAUGAGGAAAUUGCUUGUCAAUUUGAAGCUUGUUGCUUUCUUGACAAUGUUAAGGAAGAAUUCUCCACUUGUGGUGCCGUACAUAUGCAGGAAAAAUUUCUCUCUAGAAUCCUGAAUGAAAAGGUGCAGAGUUUAGGCACUUUGGAUCGAGGUUACAGAAUGAUUUUGAAAAGGCUACAGCUGAAAAAGGUUUUGAUUGUUCUUGAUGAUGUUGACGACUUAUUUCAAAUUGAAACCUUACUUGGAAAGCAACAUUCAUUUGGUGGUGGGAGUAGAAUCAUUAUCACCACUAGAGAUAAGCUAGUACUAAGUGGAGCUGAUGCGAUCUACAGCCCCAAGGUUCUAAGUGGUGAUGGAGCUUUGGAACUCUUUAGCCAGUAUGCCUUCCGAACAAAGCAACCCAAAAGAGACUAUGACCAUCUCUCAAGCCGUGCUGUACGAUAUGCUCAAGGUCUCCCUUUAGCACUUAAAGUCUUGGGGGCUUUUCUUUAUAACAAAUCUGUACAGGAGUGGGAAGAGGUGCUAGAGAAAUUAAAGAAAAUCCCGCAGAGGGGAAUUCAUGAUGUGCUAAGAACAAGCUUCGAUGGACUAGAUGAUUCUGAGAAGGACAUAUUUCUGGAUAUUGCAUGUUUCUUUAAAGGAGCGGAAAAAGACAACGCAACAAAGGUUCUGGACGGUUGUGGCUUUUAUCCCCAUACUGGGCUAAGAGUUCUAAUUGAUCGAGCUCUUAUAACUGUCUCAUGGGAAAAAUUGGAGAUGCAUGAUUUACUAGAGGAAAUGGGUGCUCAUAUAACUGUCUCAUGGGAAAAAUUGGAGAUGCAUGAUUUACUAGAGGAAAUGGGUCGGGAAAUCGUUCGCCAAGAAUCCAUUAAAGAGCCUGGGAAACGCAGUAGGUUGUGGAAUUAUGAAGAUGUUCAUCAUGUGCUAACUCAAAAUAAGGCUACGGAAGCUGUUGAAAGUAUAAUCCUUGACCCUUCAUUCUCAAAACCAGAAGUGGUAUACUUAAGUUCCGAAGCUUUUGUUAAAAUGACGAAAUUAAGAUUGCUCAAAAUCCAUUGCGACAGUGGAUAUUCAUGUGAGAAUUUAAAGUUUCUUCCGCAUGAGUUAAGAAGUCUCAUAUGGAAGCAUUUUCCCCUAAAGUCUUUACCGUCCAAUUUUAUUGCGAAGAAUCUUGUUGAGCUUGACAUGCAAAAUAGUCUCAUUGAACAUCUUUGGGAAGGAGCCAAGCCUCUGGAAAAUUUGAAAAUUAUCAACUUAACAAGUUCUCCUCACCUGAAGAAAACUCCAGACUUCACGGAGGCGAAAAAUCUGGAGAAAGUAGUUUUUCGAAGUUGUACAAGUUUACUUGAGGUUCACCCAUCCAUUUCAUCUCUCGAAAACCUGGUUCUUUUGGAUUUCGAAAAUUGUGGAAAUCUUAAGAUUUUUCCAAGCAGGAUUGGUAUGAAAUCUCUUAGAACCCUUACACUUUCAGGGUGCGAAAACCUCGAGAAGUUUCCCGAAGUUUCAGAUGUUAUGCAGGAUCUAUCAGUGCUUUAUUUAAAUUCUGCUGGAAUUAAAGAACUGCCCUCGUCAAUUAGUAAUCUUACGGGGCUUCUUGUCUUGAAUAUAAAUGGUUGCAGAAAUCUUGAGGGUCUUCCAAGCAGCAUUUGUCACAUGAAAUCUCUUCAAUACCUUGAUGUUUCUAAGUUCUCAAAUCUUGAGAAGUUUCCAGAAAUUUCAGAGGUUAUGAAUAUUCUAUCUGAGCUUGAUUUGAGUGGCACUGCAAUUAAGGAAUUGCCUGCGUUAGUUUUAAAUCUCACCAAUCUUGUUACUCUGAGGCUGAAUGAUUGUAGAGAACUUGAAAGUCUUCCAAGCAGCAUUUGUCAAAUGAAAUCUCUUCAAUACCUUGAUGUUUCUGGGUGCUCAAACCUUGAGAAGUUUCCAGAAAUUUCAGAGGUUAUGAAUAUGCUAUCUGAGCUUAAUUUGAGUGGCACUGCAAUUAAGGAACUACCUGUGUCAGUUUUAAAUCUCACCAAUCUUGUUACAUUGACGCUGGAUGAUUGCAGAGAACUUGAGAGUCUUCCAAGCAGCAUUUGUCGAAUGAAAUCUCUUCAAUACCUUCAUGUUUCUGGAUGCUCAAAUCUUGAGAAGUUUCCAGAAAUUUCAGAGGUUAUGACUAAGCUGUCUUGGCUUUAUUUGGAUGGCACUGCAAUUAAGGAAUUGCCUGCGUCAGUUUUAAAUCUCACCAAUCUUCUUACGCUAUUGCUGAAUGAUUGCAGAGAACUUGAGAGUCUUCUAAGCAACAUUUGUCACAUGAAAUCUCUUCAAUACCUUGAUGUUUCUGGGUGCUCAAACCUUAAGAAGUUUCCAGAAAUUUCAGAGGUUAUGAAUAUGCUAUCUGAGCUUUAUUUGGGUGGCACUGCAAUUAAGGAACUGCAUGCGUCAGUUUUAAAUCUCACCAAUCUUGUUACACUGAGGCUGAAUGAUUGCAAAGAACUUGAGAGUGUUCCAAGCAGCAUUUGUCACAUGAAAUCUCUUCAAUACCUUGAUGUUUUUGGGUGCUCAAACCUUAAGAAGUUCCCAGAAAUUUCAGAGGUUAUGAAUAUGCUAUCUAAGCUCUAUUUGGGUGGCACUGCAAUUAAGGAACUGCCUGCGUCAAUUUUAAAUCUCACCAAUCUUGUUACUCUGAGGCUGAAUGAUUGCAGAGAACUUGAGAGUCUUCCAAGCAGCAUUUGUCAAAUGAAAUCUCUUCAAUACCUUGAUGUUUCUGGGUGCUCAAACCUUAAAAAGUUUCCAGAAAUAUCAGAGGUUAUGAAUAUGCUAUCUGAGCUUUAUAUGGGUGGCACUGCAAUUAAGGAACUGCCUGCAUCAAUUUUAAAUCUCACCAAUCUUGUUACUCUGAGGCUGAAUGAUUGCAGAGAACUUGAGAGUCUUCCAAGCAGCAUUUGUCAAAUGAAAUCUCUUCAAUACCUUGAUGUUUCUGGGUCCUCAAACCUUGAGAAAUUUCCAGAAAUUUCAGAGGUUAUGAAUAUGCUAUCUGAGCUUGAUUUGGGUGGCACUGCAAUUAAGGAACUGCCUGCGUCAGUUAUAAAUCUCACCAAUCUUGUUACUCUGAGGCUGAAUGAUUGCAGAGAACUUGAGAGUCUUCCAAGCAGCAUUUGUCACAUGAAAUCUCUUCAAUACCUUGUGUUUCUGGGUCCUCAAAACUUGAGAAAUUUCCAAAAAUUUCAGAGGUUAUGAAUAUGUUGUUUGAGCUUUAUUUGGGUGGCACUGCA